UUUUUAUCAGAUUUUCAGACACGCCCUAGUAGUAGGUGCCAAAGAACUGGGACAAUUCCUGAGUUCAGGAAUAUCUGUUCAUCUUAGAGCAAACAGUAUGAUGUAGCUGCAACCUGUGAAAAGAGCUAUUUUCGAAAGUACAAUUAAAUGAAAAGGUGUUAUAAUUUUUCCAUUAUUAUCAUAAAAUUCGACAAAAAUGGCGAUUUUGUAAGAAUGGUGAAAUAUUUUGAUUUUCUAUAAUGAUCAUGAUUCCCAUAGAGAUAGUGAACCACCCGCACUUCAUUUGUAGAAGUAAAGUGUCGAAGUCAAGUAAACUAGAUUGCGGAUUGAUUGGUUUUGAACCCAAUCGGACCUAUAUAUCCGACUCCACCUUCUACAAUGAUGACCAUAUAUGUCUGGAAACCGGUGAAUCUCAUAAGUUCUAAUCUACUCAAGACUUAGGGCUAUACCCUAGCACAUUAUGAAGUAUGUUAGGUUACAUAUACGAAAUUUUUUUUUUUCUGAGACAGUGCUCCUCGUUUGCCUUUACACGAG